AUUGAAUUAUUAUUCAUGGAAUUCCGUUCUGAGUGCAAGAUAUUGUUCUAGUUUUUUAUUUUUAGUUUUGUACGUAAUUUCAAACGCAAGAAAUUAGUUAUUACGAUUUAGUUAGAUAAAAACAUUUGAAUGAUUUAAUUUUAAAUUAAAAAAAAACGCGUGAUCUGUGAAUAUUAUUGAAAUUUAAAAUGGUGGUUUAUGGAAUACUUUUAAGCAGCUAUUUGUUGCUAUUCUGUUCCGUUUAUGCAACAGCCAUCCCAAAACCAGAUGAAGCAUCUACUCAACACCAUAAUUUGGACCAUUUAGUACACACAAAUCACUUGCAAAACCCAAAUCACGACAACAAAUAUGAUCAUGAGCAAUUUUUGGGUGAAGAUCAAGCAAAAACUUUUGAUCAAUUACCACCAGAAGAAAGUCGCCGUCGUCUUGGAGUCAUCGUUGAUCGAAUUGAUGAUGAUAAAGAUGGUUUCGUUGAUAUGGCCGAAUUGAAGAACUGGAUUUCAUUCACUCAGCGACGUUAUAUUGAAGACGAUGUAAAUCGACAAUGGAAACAACACAAUCCAGAGAAUGCCGAAAAAUUACAUUGGGAUACAUAUCGUAAGGCUGUCUAUGGCUUUAUGGAUGACAUGGAUCCACAGGAUCUGGAGAAAGAUGAUGAAGGAUUUUCAUAUAAAGCGAUGUUGGCUCGUGAUCGACGUCGUUGGAGUGUUGCUGAUCGUGAUGGUGAUGACAAUUUAACACGUGCCGAAUUUGUUGAAUUUUUACAUCCCGAAGAAAGUGAUCAUAUGCGUGAUAUUGUUGUUUCUGAAACCCUGGAAGAUAUUGAUAAAGACAAAGACGGUAAAGUUUCAGUAGAUGAAUACAUUGGUGAUAUGUUCCGAGUUAGUGAAGAUGGCGAAGAAGAACCUGAAUGGGUUAAAAAUGAACGUGAAACAUUUACAAGCUUCCGUGACAAAGACCAUGAUGGCUAUAUGAACAACGACGAAGUUCGAGACUGGAUUAUCCCCGCCGAUUUUGAUCAUUCAGAAGCUGAAGCUAGACACUUAAUCUACGAAGCUGAUACGGAUGCUGACAGUAAACUAACAAAAGAUGAAAUUUUAGAUAAAUACGAUUUAUUUGUUGGAUCACAGGCCACUGACUUUGGUGAAGCAUUAUCACGACAUGAUGAAUUCUAAAUAGAAUUUCCGAGUUUGUUUUGGAAAAAUCUGAAAUACAAUUAUAUCUUGAAAUUUGCCCACAAACCAACAAACAGCAAAACAUUCUGUACAAUUCAACUGGUCGUUCAUCAAACAAAUCAAAUAUUUAGUCAGUAAGUAGAUGUGUUUUAUAAGUGCUUGAAAACAUGUAUAUUUUUCUAUAUACUAUUUCUCAGACUCAAAUCCCAUGAGCCAGACGAUAUUAGGUUAUAUUUUAUUAAAUUAAUUUUAUCAGAAGAUGAAUCUUAUUCCUGUCUUCAGACGAUUGUCUUUCGAAUAUUAAGUGCCCUCGAUCAAAGAUAAACACGUACAUUCAAUUUAAAAUUACUUGAAUGCAAUAUUGUCAUUUCAUUUUAUAUUCUUGUAAUAAAUGUUCUGUUUAAUUGA